AUGGCUUCCAAGGUGAUGACCCAGGCCUUACUGCAUACUCUGCGCACCGCCAUCACCUCCUCGCUGAAGGUGACCGUGCCUUCUGGCACCACGGGAUACGUUGGCUUUUCUAAUUACGGAUACGAUGGAGUUCCUGUUCUUGAUACAACUUACACAAACUACUUCUGGAUGAAGGGAGAUUACUCCGGUAUCAUUAACCUCAGAUUGGUUGGAAACUCUACCGGUACUGUUUACGCCGAUCACAACAUCACUGUUGAUAGCAGUGCUUCGGAGUUCACUUAUUAUGAUACUUCUUUUACCUCUACUGAGUCUUCGGAUGCGGAUAAUGCGUGGCAGCUGCGAUUUGAUGGCUCGAGUGUUGCAGGGAGCUCUUUGAACUUUGGCUUGGUGCAGCUGUUUCCUCCCACUUAUAAUUCGCGAGAAAAUGGAUUGCGGAAUGAUGUGGCUAGCUUCCUUGCGGAAGUCAAGCCAUCUUUCCUUCGCUUUCCUGGGGGAAAUAAUCUUGAGGGCGAGACUCCGAGCGAUCGCUGGAAGUGGAAUGAGACGAUUGGAGCACUUGUUGAUCGUCCAGGUCGUGAAGGUGACUGGGGCUACCCAAACACUGAUGCCCUCGGGCUGGAUGAGUACAUGUAUUGGUGUAUAGACAUGGGAAUGGAGCCUCUACUUGCCGUCUGGUCUGGCCUUACCCUUGAUAAUAGCGCGAUUUCAGGAUCUGAACUCGAUCCUUAUGUCGAUGACAUUCUAAAUGAACUCGAGUAUUGCCUCGGCUCCACUGACACUACAUACGGUGCUCUUCGGGCCAAAAACGGCCGUACCGAUCCCUGGCCUUUGAAAUACAUCGAAGUAGGGAAUGAGGACAACGUCUACUCAAAUGGUUGCGCCACCUAUGCAAGUCGGUUCACGCAGAUCUAUGAUGCUGUUCAUGCCGAGUAUCCCAACUUGACCAUUAUUGCAUCUACCACUGACACUUCAUGUCUACCAUCAACCAUACCUGACGGGGUUAUCACUGAUAUUCACUACUAUCUCUCGCCUGAUGGGUUCAUCGAUCUCUUUAAUGAGUGGGACAACUGGUCUCGCGACUGGCCUAUUUUUGUCGGCGAGUAUGCCAGCACGACUGGUAAUGAUGGGAGCACCACAUACUGGUCAAAUAUGCAAGGGAGCUGCAGCGAGGCGGUCUAUAUGAUCGGAAUGGAGCGAAACAGCGACAUUGUCAAAAUGGCUAGCUUUGCUCCCUUGUUGGAACAUUAUGAUAUGGCCGAGUGGUCGCCCGACCUGUUUGGCCUCGACUCCAGUCCUGAUUCCAUCACCGGCUCAACAUCCUACUACGUCCAGAAGAUGUUCUCCACCAAUCGUGGCUCCACCAUUCUGCCCGUCACUUCAGAUUCAGCCUUUGGUCCUGUCUAUUGGGUUGCUUCUGUGUCUGACUCGGGUUUUGGAUCAAUUACAGAGAAUGUCACCAUCAAUAUCGAAGGAGCUACAGCUGGUUCGCUCGAAUUGCUCUCUGGGGGUGAAUUAGUGAGCAACUACCCUCAUGAUGUAUCAAUCACCACAUCUACAACGAGUGUCUCUGGAUCGGGAAGUUUUCAGGUUGAUAUGCCAGCUUGGGCCGUUGCUGUGUUGGCAGUGUCGUGA